AUCCCUACCCGGCCUCCAUCUUGAGACCUCAUCUUUGUUCCAGUCGUUCAAUCUAAACCACCUCUCCCGUUCCAAGAUGAGUGACCAGCUCUGCAAACUGUUCGUCGGCGGCUUGAACGUCGACACUGACGACGAUGGCCUCCGUAAGCACUUCGAGCAGUACGGUAAGCUAACCGACUGCGUGGUGGUGGUGAACAAGCAAGUGCAGCGGUCCCGUUGUUUCGGCUUCGUGACCUACUCUAGCCCGGAGGAGGCCGACGCAGCAAUGGCGGCUAGGCCCCACACCGUCGACGGCAACACGGUCGAGCUGAAGCGGGCCGUGGCCAGAGAGGACGCCAACAAGCCGGAGGCCCUCGCUAAGGUUAAGAAAAUCUUCGUCGGAGGCCUGAAGGAUGACAUCGAGGAGGAACAUCUGACCGAUUAUUUCUCCCAGUACGGGCAGAUCGAGAAGGCCGAGGUAAUCUCGGAGAAGGAGACCGGGAAGAAGAGAGGCUUCGGCUUUGUGUACUUCACCGACCACGACGCUGCCGAUAAGGCGGUUGUGGUGAAAUUCCACACCGUGAAUGGACACAAAGUCGAGGUGAAGAAAGCCCUGACGAAGCAGGAGAUGCAGGCGGCGAACAGGAACUCCAUGGCGCCGAGAGGCCGACCGGGCCGUGGCAUGAGGGGGAAUCAAAAUGGCUACGGUGGCAGAGACUACGGCGGAAACUACAACUACGGAAAUGGCGGAGGCUACAACUGUGGCGGCUAUGGAGGGUACGGAGGACCCUAUGGGGGUGGCUACGGAGACCAGGGAAGUGGGUACGGCGGCGGAAACGGCUACAACGAGUUCGGCAGCGGCUAUGGCCAGCAUUCCUCUGGUUAUGGCCCGAUGAAAGGGCCGUCCUACAGCGGGCCCAGGAGCUCCGCACCCUACGCCAGAGGCGGCGGUGGAGGCUACCCGAGGGGGGGCUACGGCGGUGGCUAUUAAGUGAGAGACAAUGGAAAAUCGACCACCCCACCCCCUACCAUAUGUUACCUCCAGUCAGGAUUUGGACGUCAAAACUCAAAUUCAGUAACGGGGCUUCUGCCGUGAAACCCACCCAUGGCAGAAAUGGACACAGAGCCCUAAACAUAAUGAAGACCUCAAACCAAACAGGUAGGAAGGUCACUUCCCAGAAAAACCUGAUAUAAACGAGCAGCCGUUGUUGCCGUCAACUAGGACACAUUGACGUAAAGAAUAAAACUUACUCUGAUCCCUUUUUACUAUGUACUCACGCUGUUCUGCGUGUAGGUGUCGUCUAUAGUUCUUUUUUUUUUUUUUAUUUGCGGUCACCAGUUGUUUUUGAAAUUUCGAUGUAGGAUUGUUUUGCUGGCAAGUUCUUCAUUAUUUUAAUAUUUGCAUUUUAAGCAAGUAGAUUAGAUUUUGUUUUCUGCAGUAAAUUUUAGUGUGGUUUCAAUGUAUGAGGAUGAGUCAAGCAUGUUUUGUGAAUUUCAUUAUCACACUGUCUGAAUUACUUUAUUUUCAUUUAAUGAAGAAAGCGGGAGCGUCAUACUGCAGGAUCCAGUUUCCUUGUUUCCUUCCCCACAUACUGUGUUCUUUACCAAACUCUCCUCACGCAUAGUAAUAGUUUCAGUCAAAAUAUUGUUCAUUUUCCAUUUACCUGUAGCAAUAUCCAAUGUAUAUUGUAUACUUUAUGUCUGAAGAACAAAACUUACUGUUAAAAUCCUUUGGUAUGCAUAUGUAUGUUCAUUUUAAAUAAAACAUUAUACCACUUAGCUUAGUUAUUUUACUUAUUUAACCAGGCUUCCUUAAGUUGUUCCACAGGUUGUAUAAGUGACUUCAUCUUGUUGUUGUUAAAUUAUAUGGCAUCUUUUCCCACUUACAUUCAGGUGGGUGAAAUGGUGAACCAGUUGUAGUCUACCCACAGCCAAUGCAUGUAGGCUUUGUAGGGUUUUACGUUGUCUUUUUAAAAUAAUGUGGUUUAAACAUUGCUAACUUUAUUUUUCUUUCUACAUAUUUAAUACAUAUCUUUAUGUGAACUUGAGGGCUCUGAUAUUUACCUUUGAUUAUUCCUACAUUUAGGUGUUCUUACUCGUAUUCCAGUAGGCUAUCCCAGCCAAAAUAGCCGUAGCAGUUUGUUUGUAGGCUACAUCAGGACCCUGUUGAUUACCUGGGGUCGAUUGUGAUAGGAGUCUGAAAUAUCUCUUUAGGAUAUCCACAUCCAGCAACCUAGGUAUGUAAAUCAACCUGUCUUCACUCUGUGUUGGUCAACCAUGUAUGGAUUAUCUUUGAGAUGGUGCACAAGUGUGCCAUUUUAUUUUAUCACAUAAACAAUUUAAUCAGCUUUAAUUGCGUCUCAUAUAUAGCUAAUCUUAAAAUAGAAACAAAGGGGGGUGGGGGUUUAUUUUAUUUUCUCUUUAAUGACCUGGGGUGGGCAGAAGGGGACCUAAACAAAUUCCACCAUUAAACUACAUAAUGGAACAAGUAAAUUGGUGUCUCCUCCUGAAAAUUUUAAUCUGUUCAGUUUCUCACUACGUUUCUUUCCAUCUCCUCCAGGUUGCUACGGUAACCUGGACACGAGGACAUCACCCCGUCAAUGAUGGGGUGUGUGUCUCCAUGCUGACGGGGGAACCGGAGAGUGGUUGUGCCUUCUCCCCCUCAGGAUAACGCUGAUGUUUUCUGAUCAUGGAAAAGGAAACCCCAGCUUUGUUGGCCAAGCCUUUUUUUUAUGUACCUGCAAUAAAUUUAUAUAUUUUCAUAUA